AUGGGAUUGUUGCAAAUAACAAUAUUGAACACAUUAUGGAUGAUUUCGUUCGUUUCUAUGGUGCACUUGACGCUUAAAUUCUGGCGUAAUCGGAAAAACCCGUUACUUACUAUGAUUUGUAUGUUCGUGGGUUCCAUGGAUUUAGUCGUGCUGCUAUCCUUGUUUUAUGGCGAUGAUCUAAUCAAUGCCCCCCGAGCAUUUUGUGUAUUUCAAGGCUUGGCGCUUAAUUUCUUCGCUCAUGCAACAAGCAUGACAACCCUAUGUUUUGCCAUACAAAUAUAUAGAGUCAUAGUGCUAAACAUAAGCGACGAUAGAAGGAUCAAGCUCAUGUAUCAUCUAUUGUGCUUUGGAUAUCCAUCUGUAAUGAUUACUAUAUUGGCGGUAAUUAACUUCAAGUUUAAUUCCAUGAAACCACGUAAUUUGAGCUGUGAUGUCAUGUACCCGCCAUGGACGCGACUUGUCGGAUAUGCGGGUCCAAGUCUCAUAUUGAGCAUUCCCGGGAUGUAUUUGAGCGGUCGAGCUGCUUGGAUGAUUUAUUGUCAUGUAGAAGUGACCGAAUCAGAUCACAUUAAUCAAGAAGAUGAGACCAACGAAAAAACGGAGUGUACAGAAGAGCCCAAUGGUGAUGGGGUGCAAACUCAUGUUAAAGUAAAAGCUGAGGAGAGUGAAAGUGAAAUUUCACUUGACGUACUUACAAUUGAAUCUGAUCAUCCUGAAAGCUCCACUAAAAGCGCCAACACACUUACGAAACACGAAAAUUUAUUACAUAAAAACUUUAGCAAAGUUCAGUUUAGAAUUCCCUUCAAAUUCCGUAAAUCGUCUAAAAACAAGGGGCACGGAGUGACCCGAGGAGCCGCGAUACGGAUGGCUUCAUUUUCUUUAGUGUUGCUUCUGGUGAAUUUACUCGUGUCGGCUGAUACAUUAAUAUAUAUUGUUCACGAUAAAGUUAUAUCAUCUAAUGUAAACUUAAACGACAUCGUAGGUAGUUUGUUAGGUAUCUUCAUGCUCCUUAUGUUUGGAACAUCGAGAGAAAGAAAGAAAAGGAUAACAACGAAUUCCUAG